UAUUAUUAUUUGAUUGGUCAAUAAAAUGUAUUUAUAUUGUUUUACGACGAUUUUGCUUUCAAUGUUGAUAUUGGGCUGCGAUUCCCAUUUGGACGAUUUACAAUUUACCUGUCGGACUCAUGCCGGGUGUGAAGUAUUUGACGUUUGCACACGAAAUGCAAUGUCAACACUUCAGGAAAAGCUCGGGGACAUAGUGGAAGAAAAACUAAAGGAAACAAACCAGUCGUGGGUAAAAGAUAUUGAAAACCUAAAAAAGGAAACGAAAGAAGACAAUAUUAAAGGUUUACGCCAAUUACGACAGGAAAUGGAUGCUACCUUCAAACAAAAGUUAGUUAGAAUAACUUCAAGAAUGAAUGCCUCUUUCAAUGUUAUGAAGAAAUCAAUGGAAGAAACAACGAUAAAAGAACUUAAAGACGUUAACAACAAGAUAGACGAGGAAGUUCAAGGUACGGUUAAGGAAAUGAAAGUUUCUGUUCGCAAAGCAAGGCGUGAGAUGGAUGAAGCAAACAAAAAAGAAAUCGAAAGCUUGAAGCUCGACACAAACACUAUGGUAAACAAAAAGUUUGCAGAAGUUACAAAAUUGUGGAAUGAUGCACUAACUGAAACCAAAAAUGAUUUAUCUUCCAAGAUUGAUCGCGCCAUGGAAAAAUUAAAACAACAUAUUUCAGUGGAAAUAGAAAAUAAGAUAAAAGAAGCAAAUGACACAACCAAAAAUGCUGUAGACAUGGCAGUAUUAAAAUCAAAACGAGAAAAUGAUGAAGCAAUCGAACUGAUGAACACCAAGAUUCAAAAAAUGGAUGAGAAAUUAACAUCAAUGUCUGAUCGGUGUCAUUUAUCCAUUGAAAAACUUGGACAAGAUAUAAAAACACGUCUUAGCAACAUGCAAACAGAAAACAUAACAUUGAAUACAGUUGAGAUGAUGAUCGAUGCUAAAUUCAAAGAAGCGUCGAAAGAUUGGAUUAAAAAAGGCGGCGAUAGCGAUGACGAUGUCAUAUAUCUUGACGAAGAGGAAUACAAAACACAUAACGUUAGCAUAACUCGAAGAGGUCUUUGUAAGCUGUUUUAUCAGGGAAAAUGUUAUUGGGUCAUAGAAACGGAAUUGGCCAUACCAUAUGCUGAAGGUACAGAAGAAUGUUAUGCACAAGGAGGAGAGAUAGCUAACGUAUACAGUAGUGAACAUCUGGAGUUGCUGAAAAUUUAUCUUCGAAGUCUCAUAUCUGAAACAAGAAUGUAUAUUGAUGUAUGGCUUGGAAUGACGAUCAACAUUGAGAAUGGAGAAGUUAGAUACACAAACGGAACAUUGGCGACAUUCCUGGAAUGGGAUUUAGGAUCCCCGUCUCUCGGAGAAUCUUUUUUUUCUUGGACGGGAAUCUACGUUAUUGCAAAGAAAGAUCCAGAUGACAAAUACGAAGGAAUGGUCAAUAGUUCCCCACACAGUAUUCGGGAUGGCGUUUUGUGUGAAAUUUGACAGUUUGAGUUGUAUAAAACAGAUUCUUCGACACCUCUAUCCGUGUGAUUUGGUGCACCACAUUACAUAACAUUGUAUUUUAUAUUCUAUUAACUUAAACGUUAUGUACACUUUAUUGUUUUCAAUCAAUGCUUGACAUAAAUUUUAUUGAUGAAACGCAGCUACUUAUAAAAAAUUGAAGUAAAUCGGAACAGAUUUAACAACUUGUUAGUAAUAUUCUGCAACAGAGUCCACAAAUUAUAAAUUUUAUAGCAAAACAAUUAGAUAAAAAACAAGUGGGCUAUGCUCAAAUAUGUGGACACGGAAGGCAAAAAUAUUUUAUCAUCAACUCCCCAAAAAUCAUAUGCGGUUUGGGUUGCCAACUUAGUGUUAAACAAUUCCGGGACACCCUAAUGUCUAGAAUUUGAAGAUUGAUGUAACAGAAGCUCGUGAAACACGGAAUACAUCAAAAGCAACAGUGCGCGCUGCGUGUCCUAGAGUCAUGAUCGUGCAGCGUUAUUUUCACAGACUGCAGGUCUUUAAAUAAUUUUAUUAUAAUCAAAGAAACUUGUGAAAUGUUGAAUCUUUGAGGCAUAAAUACAAACUAAUCAAUCUGAUCCUAUCUUCA